AUGGAGAGCGGUGAACCCAGCGCACCCUCGCUACUAUCACCCGUGUCAGGCACAUCGCCAAACGCCGGAAGUUAUGCAAUACGCCAGCCACUAGCGUCAGCUAGUAGCAGCAGCAGCAGCACUGUUUCUACACAACCUGUUGCGGUUACGGCAGCGAGCAACAAUCCUUCUAAUGGCCCGGCUGGUCCGGGCCAGCAAAGUUCACUGUCACCCCGACGGCGGGCUCGGUUACAGCGCUCGGAACGUCUCCAGUCCGACCACUCGCAAUCGUCCCCGUCGUACUCGUCCUGGGAGGCGCUGAUACGGGACAGCUUCGGUCAGAUCGUUUGGCCCAUCCGCAUCACCAGCUGGGAGAUGGUACAGAGCGAUCGGGCGGGUGGUGGCAAUAGUGGUGGAACCGGUGGUACGGGCGGGUUUAUGGCUGGGGGUCGUAAUGCUUCCUACCAUGCGACCGAUUACGUUGCAGCCAGCACUUCGGCGACAGAACUCAUAUCGCGGCGUGGCGUUUUCUCCAGACGGCAUUACGGAUCAGUGGACCAGCUACCACAGUCGGAGAUUGAUGGAUUGGAUCCCAACUGUCGCCGGUUUCGGCUGGAAAAUGGCGAGUCGCUAGCCGAGAAGGACGAGGUUUUCGGAUCCCCAAGCAUUCCCAUCCUGGAGAAUCCGGAACAUCAAACACGAUGGUACUUCAAGUAUUUUCUCGGAAAGCUGCAUCAAAACUAUGUGGGUAUCGAUUCGGAGAAGAACCCCUACUUUCUGUCGAUUGUUUCGCAGGAUUCAGGCAGCAAGUGUAUGCCACUGUAUCGCGUAAUGCUGUUCCGAAAGCAGGGUGCCCAGAAGCUGGCUCUCCCGUACAACCCGCAGCAGAAGCUUACGGUGAAGCAGAUCCUAUCCAACUUCACGCUGAUGGACUCGAACAAAUCGCCAAAGGAAAUCUUUUCCGCCGACAUCCAGAAGGAUCUGCUGCUGCUCGAGGAACAGGAGGGCUCGGUAAACUUUAAGUUCGGCGUGGUGUACAUGAAGGCAGGCCAAAAGUUAGACGACGAAAUGCUGAGCAAUGAAACCGGAAGUCCGGAGUUUGACGAUUUUCUUACACUGCUCGGCGAGAAGAUUCGGUUAAAGGACUGGGAGCGGUAUCGUGGUGGGCUCGAUGUGAAAGGUGACAUGACGGGCAAGCACUCCAUCUACACGCUCUACGAAGGGCACGAGAUAAUGUUCCACGUAUCGACGCUGCUACCAUUUAGCCGAGAUAAUCGACAGCAGGUCGAACGGAAACGGCACAUCGGUAACGAUAUCGUCAACAUCAUUUUCAUCGACGAAGCAUCCUCGGGUGAAGAGACGGAGUUCAUACCGAACAACGUAAAGAGUCAAUUUACGCAUGUGUUCGCCGUCGUGACCAAGCGUGGAACGCGCUACCGGUUAGCUGUCUACUGCGACGAAACCGUACCACCCUUUGGCCCAACGCUGCCCAAUCCGCCCGAAUUCGAGGAUCCCGCCGUCUUCCGGGACUUUCUGCUGGUGAAGCUGAUCAACGGUGAGAAGGCCACCUUUCAAACGCCAACCUUUGCAAGGAAGCGUGAACGGACGCUGGAAAUGUUGAUAAAGGAUCUGUACGAGGAGUAUGUGCACGACAAUAAAAUGAAUAUGCUGAAUAGACGAGCAUUCUCGGAGGUCCUUUACGAUGCACCACGCACGUCAAAGCUGAAGGAAGACGCCCGCCAGGUGGAGUUUGUUCGAAUCGGUCAAGCACUGAAGCUGGAAGCGAUCGUACGGGGUGAUGCACCGACCAGCAUCGCGUCGGCCGGCACAGUCUUCAAGCGUCCACCCUGGGAACCGCACUGCUUCUAUCCCACGUUCCAGCCGCGGAACGAUCUGGUCGGCGAUAGCUGGGGCCAGGAUCAGCUCUUCCUAGCCUCGGACGAAGGUACAUAUCUGAUCAAGGAGGACCAAACGCACCGGGUCGUGUUCGACAAGACGCUCUGCGUGAAGCAACUGAACGUGGUGGAAGAUCACGGCAUCAUGCUGGUACGCGGUGGAUCCGCUCUCCAGAAAGAUGGCCACCGGAUGCACGUGUUUCGGUUGAAUGAAUUUUCGGACGAUCGGUUAGUGCAACGCUCGCGGGUCGAUGUGAAAGAGCGACGGAUCGAGAAAACUCGCGGUUGCCAUCUGUAUGCGAUAUCAAGGGCGGGCGAGGCACAUCUGCGGAUGGCGGUAGCUGUGGGCAGAAAAUUGCUGAUCUAUCAGUGGAAACAUACUGCUGCCUGGACGUCCUGGUGCCCGAAUAGCGAUAACGAUACGGUGGAAGGAUUUCUGUUUCUCAAAGAAAUUCAUCUACACGAUUCACCGACGAUCAUGACGAUACUAGAAGGAUCAUGUCCUAAUGCGGGGUUGCUUAUUUGCGUUGGGUAUCGGCAUCACUUUGAAAUUGUGUCCGAGCUGACCGGACAUGCGACGAAGCUGCACGAAACGGACACGUUGAAGCGUACCCAAACACAUCUGGUGGCUGCGCUGGAUCUUUACGAUGGACAGGACACGGAAAUUCUGCUGUGCUAUAAUCAUACAUGUCACUUCCAGAAGCUAUCGGAGGAGUGCAACAAUAGCACCGAGUUUGACUUCCAGUUUAAUACGCCACCGUCGUCGGUUGUGUGCGCCUUUCCCUACAUUAUCGCAUUUACACCGGAUACGAUGGAGAUCCGGCUGCUCGUCAACGGAAAUCUCGUGCACACCGUUACAAUGGCCGAGCUGCAGCUCAUUACAUCCAAGAAAGAUAUCUUCUUCGUUACGACUGCUCCCGAGUUCAUUCCCAAAGGUGCCAAACUACGUGGUCUCGAUGCGGAAGAUCACGAACAGAUGAACAAACCCAGAAUCGAGGAGAGUCGAGUUGUACCCGAUACAGACGAUUCCUCCACAAGCCCUGGCCGUAGCAGACUGAGCUCAGACGAGGAGAACUCUUCCGGAGCACCGGCUGCACCUGCUCUCGAGUCGGAUGCGAACGAAUCGAGCAAGGAAACGAGCGUCGGUGGACUAACAACACCCCAGAUACAGCGCGCAAAGUCACUUCAAAACCCCAAACCAGAGCCGGAAAUUAGCAAACCGAAAGAGGUCACCCUCUCGGUGGACGAUCUGAAGCGACCAAUUUCCAAGAGUAACUCAUACGGUGAAGCAGGCUCCUCCUUUUCCAUACCGACCACUACGUGUAGUAAAGAUCUGGCGAAACAUUUCGGUGCUCAACCGCUCCCGAACACCAAGGAUCUUUGUAGACACUUUGGGGAAGCAUCCGUGCCGCCCAACUCACCACGCAACAGCACGAUCGUGAAGGGUACAUCGCCCAGCUCACCGACGCGUAAAUCCUUCAUCCGUCAGCCGACGCUCAAUCUGGGCAAAUCGCAGACGAACGAAGGCGAAACAUCACCUUCGAACGGGUCCUCCAACAGUAAGCCGUUGCGCAUCUACCGUAUACCGCUCACGAAUCUGACCGGCACUCACGUGCAGUCGCACCACUAUCACUAUCCAAGCAAUGAUCCUGCCAAAAAGCCGAUAGCGAUCGCUACCAAGAUGCAUCCAAGUGCGGCGAUUGCGGCGGCAGUCGUCACCCGGCCAAGCGAAAGUGCUCAGGAGCGGGUGCGUCAGCUGCAGUCGUCGAACGAGGAGGAUGAGGAGGGUAUCUCACCGUCGGACGAGUCGCACGGUGAGCUGGCGGAAGCGGUCGAAGUGGUCGUUCCACCGACGCUGAGCAUUUUCGAUCAAAUUCAGCAAGAUCUGCAGGAGCUCAGCAUGAAGGAUAAGCACGAGCAGGACGAGCUGUGCAAUUCGGUCCUGACGCCAUUGUAA